AUGGGCACAGUAUCUGGACUUUCAACUCAGGUUGUUUCGCAGAACCUUCUCAUAUGUGUCAUCCUCUUCUACACUGUGUACUACGUGGCUCUGGGCAGGUACUGGGUGAUGCUCAAGGUGUAUGUGUUGGAUGUCCUGGCACCGUCUGACUUCAAAACAAAUCCCUCAUGGCUCAACACAAAUUAUAAAGGUCACCUACUUUGCGGAUUGCUUUUUGUUCUGGUGGUAGAAGAAUGGGUUUGGGAUUAUGGUAUUUCAGUAACUAUUCUUCAUGUUGCCAUCACUUCAACUGUUAUGUUGGAAUCCCCUUUGACAUCACAUUGA